AUGUACAAGUCAGUUUUGUUAGUAGCCAUGUUGGCUGUCGUCAUGUUUGCCAUGAGCGCAGAGGCCAUUGAUUGCCGCUUUGUCAAGUGUGCUGGUGUCAACGCCACCGAGUGCAGAUUGAAUGGUGGUCGUUUCAUUCCACGCAACGGAAGAGMGAGAUGUUGUGAUGAGUGCAAGAACAACUGUGCCGCCACCAUGUGUUUGGCCGUCGACCAAGCCACCUGUGAGGCCAACGGAGGUGUCUUCACCCCAGCCAACCUCUUCAACGGUCGCUGCUGCGCAUCAUGCUACUACGACCCAAUCAUGUGUGCAGCCGUCCAAUGCCUCCGCAUUGACGAGGAGCGCUGCACUGCCAACGGUGGUGAGUUCCUCCCAGCUGAUAUCUCCCAGGGCCGCUGCUGUGCCUCAUGCAAGAACAACUGUGAUCUGGUCGACUGUGCCAACGCCGACGAGCAGGCAUGCGUUGCCAACGGAGGCAACUUCAUCCCAGCUGAUAUCCCGCACGGAAAGUGCUGCGCCACUUGCGAGAACCCAUGCAACUGGGUCCGUUGCCAGUACGUCAACGAGACUGAGUGUAACUCCAACGCCGGCACCAUCUUUGCUCCACGCAACCCACCCAGCAAGUGCUGCGACACCUGUGAGGUCCGCAUGACCAUCGAGCCCCAGACAACCACCACCCGCUUCACCAUCGAGCCACAGCCAACCCUCAGCCCAUGCGCUGCCGUCCGUUGCGCCUACGUCGACGAGAAGAAGUGCAACAGCAACCCAGGCACCAUCUACGUCGCUGCCAACCCACCCAGCAAGUGCUGCGCCACCUGUGAGACUCGCUUCACCAUCGAGCCCCAAGACCCAUGCGCCCUCGUUCGUUGCGCCUACGUCGACGAGAAGAAGUGUAACUCCAACCCAGGCACCAUCUACUCUGCUGCCAACCCACCAAGCAAGUGCUGCGCCACCUGUGAGACUCGCUUCACCAUCGAGCCCCAGACUACCCGCUUCACCAUCGAGCCACAACCAACCUUGAGCCCAUGCGCUGCCGUCCGUUGCGCCUUUGUCGACGAGAAGAAGUGCACUGCCUCUGGCAAGAUCUUUGUCCCAGCCAACCCACCAAGCAAGUGUUGCGCCACAUGUGAGACUCGUUUCACCAUCGAGCCCCAAGACCCAUGCGCCCUAGUCCGUUGUGCCUACGUCGAUGAGAAGAAGUGCAACAGCAACCCAGCCACCAUCUACUCGGCUGCUAACCCACCAAGCAAGUGCUGCGCCACCUGCGAGACCCGCUUCACCAUUGAGCCACAGCCCCUC